AUGCAGAGGCAAUGGACAAACGUACUGUUCGGCGAGACUGUCUUCAGUUUUUAUAAUAGCCCAUCGAGCGUUCUAGAAUAUGAAUCCAUGGGGUUCAUGGAAAAUCUUGAGGGUGAAUUCCCAUCAGCAGAGGAACUGGCAAAGAGUGGACUUGGCGCAAAGAAGGGUAAACAUUUGCAGGCAUUUUGGAAGGCUCAGUGCGCCUUUCGAGGCCUUGAUGUGAAUGGUAGCGUAGACGAACUUGUCGAUAGGCUUCGCACCAACGAGCAUAAACCAGUUUUCCCAGAGCUAGUGAAAAUGCAGAAGGAUCUUAGACAAAAGGCAGCAGAUGAGCUUGAGGGUGCAUGGAGGAAUAGGCUCACGGAUAGCGAAAAGUCAGAAGAAGACGUGAAGCGGUUUCUGCGAGAAACAUUCCCAAUUAAUUCGAACGAAGACAAAGCAGUUCUACUCAAGCUUCGACUCCGUCGUGAUCGGAGAGGGCCGCGCAAAGGGCCGCGCAAACAAUGGUUCAAACAGUUGCUCAGACAGUGGCGCAAAGAGCCGACUUUUGAUAAUUAUAUUCUUCCCCACGUCUCCGAAUCUGGCCUUGAUUAUGAAUACGUUCCUGGAUCAAGAUUCGAAGACCCACCGAAUAAAUGGCAAGACAUUAUGUUGAUGGUUGUAGGCAGGAGUCGAUCUACCAUCAGUGAAAAGUAA